GUGACUUUUCUGUCUUCGGCAUUCAGAUUUACAUUGCAUUUCAUUAGAGUUGUUCUUGGUUUUUAAACUUCUGUGAUUAACAGUAUCUGAAAUAUAUUUAGUGUAUUAAAUUUAAAAGUUGUAUUUUAAUGUUAUUUUCAAAGCCACUCUAUCAGCAUGGAUGAAAUGGUGUCAAAUGUGGAAGAGCAGCGAUUAAUAUGUAGACCUUAUCAGUAUCAGUUGGAAGAAAUCGCCAUAAGAAAAAAUACUAUUAUACAUUUACCUACAGGUUCUGGAAAAACUUUUAUUGCUGCUCAAUUAAUCAAAAGGUUCAGACAUGAACUUCAAAAACCCUGGGGACAAGGCGGGAAGAGAAUUUUUUUUCUAGUGAACAAUAUUCCCUUAGUUGAACAACAGCAAAAAGUAAUUGAAUAUUUGUGCCCAGUUAAGGGUGUAGGUGCGUAUAGCAGUGAAAACAAAGUCGACUACUGGGAUAAGAAUAAAUGGGACGAAGAAUUAACAAUAUAUCAGGUUAUUGUGAUGACCUCUCAAAUUAUGGUUGACAUGCUCACGCAUGGAUAUAUAAAAAUCGAGAAUAUAAGCUUAAUAAUAUUUGAUGAGUGUCACCAUGCUAUUGACGAUCAUCCAAUGAGGAUGGUCAUGAAGCAUUUUGAGACAUGCCCAUUAAAACUACAACCAAGGGUCCUUGGUUUAACCUCCACACUUCUGAAUGCGAAUGUAACUAUUAAUAAGGUUGCAGAAUCUUUACGAGAUUUAGAAACAACAUUUCAUGCGACUAUUGCAACAGUUAAUGAAUUAGGAGAAGUUUUAAAGUACUCGACGAAUCCAAAUGAACUACUACAAAUUUAUAAAACUCCAGUCCUAACAAAGGCUGCACUAGAAGCAAUACAAAUAUUGACGGAGUUGCAGAAUAUUGUAAUAGACAUUAAAUUACCGUCAUUUAAUGGUGACAACAUCCUACAGUUAAAACGUGGCCAACAAGACAUCACAAAUGAUCCCAAAAAGAUAGUGAAAGCUGUAAAGAACAUGAUUGUAUCAAUGAUAUUAUAUAUAAACGAAAUGGGAGUUUAUGGAGGUGCUAUAGGGAUUCUAGCACAUAUAAUUGUAUUAGAGCGACUGAAACGCAAGUCCCUGACCAAAGAAGAGGAACUCAUGUACACAUUCACAAUAUCUCAAUCGAUCCAGGCAAGAGCGAUUUUAUUAAAAUCUAUGGAAAAUGAGCGUGGGUAUGGUAAAAUAAUAAAUCAUUCAUCUGAAAAAAUAGUACAGCUAUUGAAUAUACUGAAAGAAUACAACCCUGAUAUGUUUAACAAGAGCGGAGUUCUACUAAAAAUUAAUAAAAGUAGAAAACCUUUAUCAUGUAUAAUAUUUACGCAACAAAGAUUUACAGCGAAAAUUCUUUUUAAUUUACUGAAAGAUGCGAAGGAGCUAAAUCCUGAGGAAUUUGGUUAUUUGAAAGGUGAUUUUCUUGUUGGUUUUAAUAUUAACCCCUUCAAAGAUACCAGAGAACAAUAUUAUUUAAGGAAAACUAGCCAAAGGGCUCUAUUGAAAUUCAGUAAAAAUGAACUCAACUGUAUAAUCUCGACGAGCGUAAUAGAAGAAGGCGUGGAUGUGCCACAGUGUUCGUUAAUAGUACGAUACGAUCAGCCACUUGAAUACAGAUCCUAUAUACAAAGUAAAGGUCGUGCACGUUGCUCUGAAUCUAACUAUAUCAUAUUAGUCAAUGAUGCUAAUAAGGAGAAAUUUCAGGCGCAAUACAGGAAUUUCCAAAAAAUAGAGCAACACAUUCAAGGCGUAUUAGUAGGGAAAACAGAGGACCGCGCCUCACCAACUGAACAGGAACUACAAGAUCUAUAUGAAGACGAUAUUCCGCCUUAUUUCACGGAACAUGGCAAUCGCCUUUCGUCUGUGUCAGCUAUAUCGCUUAUCAACCGAUAUUGCUCAAUUUUACCACACGAUCAAUUUACGGUUAUAACACCCAUGUGGAUCCAAGAAAAGGUGACGAAUAAUCAUAAUCAAAUAUUACGAAAAAUCACCAUAAUCAUGCCCAUAGAAUGUCCAGUCAAAGAGAAAAUAGAGGGCACACCAAUGCUUAAUCUAAAGUCAGCGAAACGGUCGGCCGCGUUGAAUGCAUGUAUACGAUUGCACCAGGAAGGUGAAUUAGAUCCAGUCACUUUAUUGCCGCGUUCUCACGGGUUAGUAGAAUUUGAUAGUAACGAUAUAAAGGAAUGUUUCCCAAACUGGCAGUGGGAUGACAACGAAAACGAAGGUGUUAGAGAUUUACCCAAAGCAGGAACUAAGAAAAGAAUGCGUAAACAUAAAAAAAUGUUCCCAUCUAGCCUUAAAGGACCCGGCAAUUUGGAAAUUAAUCAGCAUAAUUUUUAUCUUCAUGUUAUAAAAGUGAUAGCCACUUUCCCUGAACCGAAUGAUUCUCGCGAGAGAGCAUUAUACAAGUUGUUACAACGUCCCGAGGGCUACGGUUUAUUGACGCCUAAACCUUUGCCAAAGUUAUGUGACUUCCCCUUGUUUUUGACGGUAGGGGAAGUAAGUACUACAAUUCAAGUCAAUUAUGCCGUCGUGCCAAUCAACAAGACCCUUUUGGAUCUUAUUAAACAAUUCCACUUUUUUAUUUUCGAUCAAGUGCUGGCUAUUGCAAAACAGUUCUUGGUAUAUGAUGGAACAGAAAAUUGUAUGUUUGUGGUGCCACUUACACCUGAUAAUGGUUACGACAUCGACUGGGGAGUAAUGCAGCAAUAUACCGAAGUACCCCCUAUCGGCCCGCCUUCCUUUACGGAGAGGAGAUCUCUAAAUGUUACAAGAGACAACUAUAAAUAUUCUAUAGUGACACCUUGGUACCGAUCGUCUAUUUUACCAGACAGAUAUAUAGUGUCCGACGUAUUGGAAUACAUGACACCGCAAUCUCAAUUUGAGACUGAAACCUACGAUACAUAUGAAAAUUACUACAGAAAUAAAUACAAUUUGGAAAUUUUGGGACCGAAGGACCAGCCAAUGCUAGAGGUCCGUAAUAUAACGUCAAGAAUGAAUUGUUUGCUGCCGAGAGCCCCCACAAUCAAAUCAUUCACAGAAAAACAACAAAAACUUAUAUCUGCAGCACAAGGCGACGAUAAGCCUAAAGGUUUCUUAGAAGUAUUCAUACCAGAAUACUGUAUCAAGUACGAGUUUCCAGGUGUUUUUUGGUAUAAAGCCAUGAUGCUGCCCAGUAUUGUGCAUAGGGUGUCAUUAUUACUUAUUGCAAAUGAGUUGCGCGCUGAAAUUGCUGAAGAAACUAAAUAUGGCCUAAAGAUUUUACCUAAAGGUGAGAAUUGGUUACCCAUAGAACUGGAUUUAGAAAUCGCUAUAAACUCUUUACGUUCACACACAGAAGAACCAACGCCCAUUAAUACAGUUGACAGAAUAAACAACCCUAACGGUGAACCAGAAACACAACCAAGUGACAAAUUAAUGAAGAAAGAUUUGUAUGAACUACAGAUGAGGAAGAUAGACCAACAGUAUCCAUGGAAUGAAAAAUUAGAGCCAUUAGAUAUUGAGCGCCAUCUAUCAUCUGUAACUGUAAUGGAUAUCGAAUGCUACGACGAAUUCGUAUCUGCGCCGCUCCAAGAAACUACAAACACAGAUACAGCGAACAGAACACAAUCGUCACCACGGCGGGCUGCUACAGCUAUUCUGCCACCUCCACCUAAAUUCAAUGACAAAAUAGCUGUAUUAUCAAGAACUCCCACGGGUCGGGGGCCUGAGUUGCGAGAUAUUUUAGCAGCACUCACCACAAUCAAAUCUCAUGACACAUUUAAUUUAGAGCGCGCUGAAACUCUCGGGGAUUCAUUCCUUAAAUUCUCAGCUAGUCUCUACUUGUUUCACAAGUUCCCAAAGGCGAAUGAAGGGCAGCUUACGAAUAUUAAAAGCCGAUUAAUUGGAAAUAAGAAUCUGUAUUACGCGGGCGCACGUGUGAAAUUAGGUGGACGUAUGAAAAUAGAGCAGUUCAGCCCAAGAAGUGAUUUCAUGGUGCCAGGUUUCUUUGCACCGGAGAAAAUUCAGACACUUAUUGAAUCUGAACAAAUCAGGCCAACGUUCCUCAUCGGCAUGCAAUUCUCGCAGUCUGAGGCAUUGAGUGGUUCAUUGUCUGAUGAGAGUUGGGAAUCAGUUAUAAGCCGGUACACCAAUUGUGACGCAUCAGAAAAAGAGCCAAAUGGAGAAGUUCAAAAUUCUAUGCAGUGUUACGUGCGCGCACAGGCCGUGUCUGACAAGUCUGUGGCUGAUUGUGUCGAAGCCCUUGUUGGAACUUACCUUUUGAGUGGUGGUAUUCUUGGCGCUGUGAAAGUUCUGGAGUGGUUCAGAAUUUUGCCACCACAGGAAAAUUUCGAACAAUUUCUACAUAAAGUUGUGCCAACGGUGAUAACACAAGGCCGUGCAAAUCAGCAAGAUAUCAACUUCCUGCUAAAUUAUUACACCAGCGACGUAGAAGAAAUACUUAAUUAUAAGUUCAAGGAUCCGUCCCAUUUGCUGGAGGCAAUGUCGCACCCAACGUAUAUCCGUAAUCGUUUUACUCGUUCCUACGAGCGGUUAGAAUUUUUAGGUGACGCUAUUAUUGACUUCUUAAUUACGGCACAUAUUUUUGAAAACUCUAGACGGCUGAAGCCGGGUGAGUUGACGGAUUUGAGAUCAGCUCUAGUGAAUAAUGUCACUUUCGCAUCAUAUGUUGUGAAACUGAAUCUACACAAGUACUUGUGUUCACAACUAAAUCCGGUCCUCGAUAACGCUAUAAUGAAUUUCGUACGACACCAAGAGCAGCGUGAUCACCAGAUCAUCGAAGAUGUUCUAUACUUGAUUGAUGAAGAGGAAUCUCGAAUUGCAGAAUACGUGGAAGUACCUAAGGUACUGAGCGAUAUAUUCGAGUCCUUGGUGGGCGCAAUAUUCCUGGACAGUGGUGGCAACCUGGAGACAGUUUGGUCAGUGAUCUAUCGCAUCAUGUGGAAAGAGAUCGAAAACUUCUCCAACUGUAUACCACAACAGCCUGUGAAAGUUCUCUAUGAAAGGGUACACGCGUGCGCUGUAUUUGGAAAAUCGAAGUUGACAGAAUCAGAUAUACCCAAAGUGAUUAUACCCGUAACAGUAUCGAAGAAAGGAAGUCGCUACACUGUGUACGGCAUGGGGAGCAACCAAUCACAAGCCAAGCGUGCAGCUGCUAAAUUGGCACUCAAAUUAUUGGACACAUAAUAAUUUGAAUAAAACGUUUUUAUACAGUAAUUCCCGUUAAUUAAGUAUAAUAAAAGAAAUAUAUUAUAAUGAAACAAUAUUUGCCUACUUUUUAUAUAAAGAAAAAUGUACAUUAGUGUAUAGGUAUACAGUAGAUUUUAGUCAUCUGCGUGGGUACCUCUAUAUUUCAGUCGCUAAGGAACUUACCUCGUAAGUUGUCCCGGUUUUAAGAGGAGAUAUAAGAGUAAAAUUGUAGGGUAACGAGGCCUGACACCUUAGUCCUCCGAAAUUGAAAUGCAUGCAGGGAUUACAUGACGAAGUGAUGUCUGUGGUAUUUAUUGUUUGUUAAAAUUCUGCGAUUUAUUGCAUUUAUUUACUCAAUA